UGAAAAAUCCUUUUUACUCACUUUAUUACAUAAUUACCCUUACACGCCUAUUACUACAUUUAUACUUACAAACUUAUUUUUAUUACACAUUUACCACUUACUCAUCAUACCAUGCAUACACGUGUUCUAUCCCCAUGCAUCAUCAAUCAAAUCAUACUCUCUUCCCUCUCUUUUUUCAUUUUGUUUUCAUUUCAUUUUCUAUUCUUCAUUUCUGUUCUCUAAGUUCAUUUUGAAUUCAAGUAACCUCCAUUAACCACCCAUAAUUUAUCACGUUUUUCCCUCUUAUUUUUGGUUCAUCCACGAAUUUUCAACUUCCUCUUAGCCCACGAUUUAGCAACUGUUUUUCCCUCUCUGUUUCAUUUUUUUUCAAUCUUAUUUAUACCAUGGCAAUCACUCGGUCAUCUUCAUCCCCUUCUCCAGUUCUCAAAAAGAAAUCAAAAAUGGGCAAGAAAUCUUUGGCCAACAAAUCCAAGGGUAAACGCCCAAUCAUUGAUGAUUUUGAUUCUGAUUUUGAAGCUCCCAUGCCGAAGCGUGUGAAACCCACUUCUUCGAAGAAAUCGAAGCUGAACUUGGAGGAGUCCUCGCUUCCAGAAAUUUCUGGGAAAAAAUUCCAAAAAUCUAUUACACAUUCUGCAGAUCGGACUGAGGUUUGGGACUGUAAAUUUAGUCCUUCUGAUUUUUACAGAUCUAAGUGUGUGUGCACCAGUGUGUAUUCUGUGAUAAAUAAUAUUAAAAACACUUUAUCUGUUAAUUUGCUUUCUUUGUUUCGUCAAACUCAGUUUGGGCAUUUUCUGGAUAUGCCUGAGUUUGUUUUUCACCCACAAGUCGUUCAUAGUUUACUACUAAGGGAAGUUUUACAGCCUAAUCCUAAGGAGUUUUGGGCUAAGGUUGCUGGCCGUUGCAUACGGUUUAGUGCCGAAGAAUUUUACCUUAUUUCUGGUUUAGAUUGUUUCGGUGAUUGCAACAAGUUGUUGUUUUCACAGGAAACAAAUCAAUUGGUAGAAACAUGUUUCCGUGGUGUAAAAACUAUUGACAACAAAGCCAUCGAGGAUGCUUUUUUGGGUAGUCGGUGGGGUUUGGAUGAGUCUAUUGGUUUGAAAAUGGCUGUUUUGUAUUUCAUUCAGUGUUUUCUUCUUAGCAAUACUCCUGACAAAGAAGUGUCUAGGUUUGUUCUAGAUGUAGUUGAUAGCGGUCGGUGGGAUGAGUAUUGUUGGGGUAGGGAAUCAUUUGAAUUGACAAUUGACUCAUUCAAAGGUAGGAUUGAGCAUGGGAUCAUUAUGAAAAAUAGAAAGGCAGAGAAGGGAGGCCAAUAUGAUGGCUGGUAUAGGGCAUUGGGAUGUCCUUGGGUUUUUACUGUUUGGUUUUAUGAAUGCUGUCCUGCAAUGGUGAACUCUUUCUGUAAGAGAGUUUCAUCUUCUAUUCCCAGGAUUCUGAACUGGAGCAACACCAUCGUCACCAAAAAUCCAACCCUUCGAGACUUGAAGGGCAAGAUUUUUGAUUUACCUUUGGAGAAGUUGAAGAUAAAAAACAUGCGUCCUACUGAUGAAGAGGCGGCGGCUUCAACUUGA